AUUUUCUUGGCCGUUUCGGUGUCUGGUCGAUACAAUUUUUUUUGGGACAAUUUUUAUGUAUUUAAGGAUAAGUUUAUCCCAAAUGGUCCAUUUUCGGACGAGUUUUACAAAAAUCUAGCCAGGAAUAAUCCAAGCAAAAAUAUCAUUUCCUCGCCGCUCUGCCUCGAAAUCGCAUUGAGCAUGAUGUACAUGGGUGGUGAGGGAAGAUCGGCUCAACAAAUAAAAAACGCUCUACAUCUUUCAUGGAAUAAAAAAGAAGUGGCUAAAAAGUAUAAGAAUUUGCUGACAAACCUUGAAAACCGCGAAAAAGUGGCCAUUGUUCAUUUGGCGAAUCGCAUAUUCAUCGCCGAUUAUUAUGAAUUAGUUCCGGAAUAUAAUCAGGGGCUUAAAGAUUCGUUCAAGGCCCAAGCCGAGACCAUCGAUUUUAGAAGUCCGGAAAAUGCAUCAUUGAUUGUGAAUAAGUGGAUUGAUCAACAGACUAACGGCAAGAUCAAAGACCUAGUUACAUCCUCAGACUUUUCAUCGAAUCUAACUGCAAUGAUCUUGAAUGCUGUUUACUUCAAGGGACAGUGGAAGCUCAAGUUUAAUCCGAAACAUACAAAAGUGGCCGACUUUCGAAUAAGUGAUAAAAAACGAGUACCUGUUCAAAUGAUGCAGGUAUCGGGAGUUUUUAAUGUAUCCUAUAUAAAUUUCCUAGAAACCCAGGUGAUCGAACUACCCUAUAGAAAUUCGAGCCUCCGCAUGGUAAUAUUUUUGCCCAAGAAAAUCAAUAAGCUUCCUCAACUAGAGCAAACGAUCGCCCACUUUUCCAAGCGUUUUGUACCGAUGAAGGUUGACUUAAAGUUGCCCAAGUUCAAGAUCGAAUUUACAGCAGACCUUAAGGAUAUUCUCAAGAAGAUGGGCAUCCGAAAAGUAUUCGAAAAGACUUUUAACUUUGCACACCUGGUAGAUGGAUUGUUUAAACUGGACAAAGUCAAGCAACGUGGCUUCCUGGAGGUGAAUGAAGAGGGCGCCGAAGACGCGGCUGCAACAGUAAUGUAUGUAUUAGCGCCACAAAGUGCCCCCCUGGAGAUUGUGGUCAACCAACCGUUUGCCUAUGUCAUUCGGGAUAAUGAAAAUAUUUACUUUCAAGGACAUGUUAUUAACCCACAAAUGACAGAUAAAUAAAGGGCCAUUU